GUCGCGCGCGUGCGAGCUAGACUUGCGACCGUUAUUAUAUAAUUAUAUAGCGUAUAUGUGCUUCCCUCUCUCUCACUGCACUAUUUCGUUCGUCCAGAGGCGCAAAGCUGGAGAGGGGCGAGGAGGAGAGCGGAGAUUGAGUUGAAGCCAUUACUCUCUGUGCUCGUAACGUUCAACUGCAGGCUGUUUGCGAGCCUGCGUUUCAUAGGCUGCCAGAUGCUACGUGGCCCCGACAUAUCAACGCGAGCGAGCGAGCGAGCGAGAGAGAGAGAGAGAGAGAGAGAGAGAGAGAGAGAGAGAGAGAGAGAGAGAGAGGGUUAUUCCUAGUGCGAGUUGUACAGGUAUCGCCCACUUGCACGUCGCUCGUGGAAAUCCCGUAUUAUAUUCAUUGCGGAAUUACAGGCGUGAAAGAGCCAACUGCUGCUGCUGCCGUUGCGAGAGAGCACGCGCUCGGGACAUCUGAUUCUUUUUUGGUGCUGACAAAAGGAAAAAAUAAGCAUUAAUUGGUCACAGUGGAUACAGUUUUUCAUGCUUAUCCAACAAGUGCGUACGGAAAAUUGAAUAAAUCCACAAUCAUUCCAAAUCAAAUAGACAUGUAUCAAGUUCAGAACACCAAGUUUACCAUUGAAAACAAUAUCAUAAAAGGCGUGGAAGAGCCAUGCCCGAUAAAAAAUAAAAGCAAUUUCGGUCAGGUUCUUUUCGAUUCAAUCUCUGAAUAUGGAAACCGAGUAGCACGGAUCCAAGUUGAAACGGGAGAGCAAAGAUCUUACAAAGACAUCAAAGAUCGCAGUGUCCGGUGUGCUUUGUGGUUAAAAAAGCAGGAGAUAGGUGCCGAAGAUAUUGUUGUUGUGUGUACAGACAAUCAAUUGGAUGCGUGUAUUCCAACUGUGGCUGCUGUAUAUGUAGGCGCAGCUCUCAACGGUUGGGUUCACGAUUAUGGUUUAGAACAAUAUCGAUAUUACAUGAACUUUCUUCGACCGAAAGUAAUUUUCUCUUGCCAAGCUUCGGUGAGUUUGGUCCAAGAAGCAGCAAAAUUGGAAAAUGUCGCUACGAAAAUAAUCGUAUAUGGUAAACACACUGACUUAGAAUCCUUGUCGGAUAUUAUGAGUCAACAAUCAGAGAAUGAAGUUCACAAAUUUCGACCAGAAGAAAAAUUUCACCCUCUGGAUCCAGCGGUCAUAAUGUUCUCUUCUGGAUCAUCUGGUACCCCAAAAGCUGUAGUUUUGGGUUAUGGUCCUUUAUUAGAAAAUAUACUGAGUUUUUGUCCGACUGAUCGUGUGGUGGCUUUAUAUUAUUCUUCCCUUAUGUGGAUCAGUGGAGUGGCUUUGACUUUUAACUUUCUAUUGACUGGCUCAACAGUUAUCGUCCACGAGAACUUUAGUCCAAGAGAGACCUUUAAAAUUAUCGAAGAGUACGAGAUCAAUUGGACAUUUUUGUCUCCGCUUGCAUUAACACGUUGCUACAAAGAAAAUAUUUUGUCCGACUAUAAAUUACUGUCUCUAAAAACGAUAUUAACAGGAAGUGCGCCGUUAAAUUCCACGGUUUAUCGAGCUUUUAAAGACAGGUAUCCCCAUGUAACCAUUGUGUUUGCCUACGGGCUUAGUGAAUUGGGCUCUCUUGCCACAUAUAAUUUAGGCCAAAGCGUCAAUUCUAUUGGCUUCAUUAGACCAAAUAGACAGCUGAAGGUAGUAGACGUGACAACGAGAAAACCUUUUGGUCCUAAUGAAGAAGGUGAACUCUGCCUGAAAUCAGUAGGGAUGAUGAUUGGUUAUUAUAAAAAUCCCAUUGAUACUAGUAAGAUAAUCGACGAAGAAGGAUGGCUGCACACUGGAGAUCUUGGAUACUACAACGAGGACGGAGAAAUUUUCUUCGUAGAAAGAAUUAAAGAACUCAUGAGAUGGCGUAGUAGUAAUGUAUAUCCAAUCGAAUUCGAAAGAUUACUUUUGGAACAUCCCGGAGUGUCCGAAGUUGCAGUGGUACCCGUUCCUGACGAUGUUGAUGGAGAUCGACCAAUGGCUUUUGUGAAAAAAUACCCCGGAACAGAGGUAAACGAGGAAGAACUCAUCGAGCUAAGUUCCGCGGUAGGUAAAGGCCUGAAACUCUGGGGUGGCGUUAAGUUUGUAGAUGAACUACCUCGCUCUGUAUCGGGCAAAGUUCUCAGGCACAAAUUAAAGGAACUAGCUAAAACGUACAAAAAGGAGUUGUGAAUCAAAGUACGUUGUCACGGAUGAGCCGAGGGCUCUCCGAUGACCGGGUCUGGUAUCCGCAGCCCGAGAGUUCUCAGAGUCUGCACUUCUGCACGUGGGAUCGCUCUCCGUCGGGUAGCGUUGACGGAGCAGCUGGCAGUAUUAUGAUACGUGUCUAUAAACCUAUAUAAAAAUAGCCUAUACAAUUAAAAAAAAAAUCACGCAAAUUUAUAGUAAUUUGAACGUUACAAAGUGAGUAAAUUAACCUGAUGAGUGCAGUCAUUUUUGAUAUUUCAGACAAUUUCAGUAACGUGAAAAUAUCAUUGAAAUAGGUUAUUAGUAAUGUUUGUACCGUUUAAAAAUAUUUGAAUUGGAGAAAUUAUUUUAUGGUUAUAAACCCUUAAUUAAUUUUACCGAAAAAUAAAUAUACUGAACCACUAAACGCAGCAUUGGUAUAAUUUUUACAUUAAAUAAUUAUUAUAAGUACUUAAAUUAUAUACGGCUCAAAUAAAACUACUAAGAACCAGUAAUGCAUAGUAAGACAAAUAUUAUCAUCAAAGCACGUUAAGAUUUACUAAUUGAUAGACGCCUAAGCAAUCUUUAUAAACAGAUUUCUGAAAUGUAAAAUGUUAUCAAGUGAAAGUAAAGUAUCUCAUAGUUGUGUGAAAAGUA